GCCUCGUUCGUGCCAUAGAAGAACCGGAGGAGGAUGCUGACCGAGAAGGACCUCAAGAUCAAGGUGGGCGUGCUGAAGCGCUCGAAGAAGGACGUCGGCUUCUACGAGAAGGAGAAGACGAAGCAGCUCGAGAAGAUCGCGAGCAUGCGCAACGACGCCAAGUACGACGAUCAUGACAUCCGCAAGCAGCAGGAGGUGCUCGCGGAGACUGAGGCCAUGCUUCCCGAGAGCUACCAGCGCCUCGAGGCGAUCGCGCAGGAAGUCGAGAUGCUUCUGGAGCAAGUGCCUGCGGGCUCGGAGUGGGCCUGCAUUGCCGAGGCCAACGAGCUUUUGCACGCGUAAUACACGAUUCGUGGGUUUGCU